AUGGCCCGUCUUCUCAUGAUUGCAGCUCUCGCCUCGUCCGUCUUGGCCACCUCAGCCAACUGCGACCCCAAAGUCCCCUCUGUCACUGUCCCAGCAUGCUCUCGCGGCGUCGGCACAGUCAAAUACGACAAGACUGUCCCCGACCUCAAACCAUUCCCUCGCACCCAGGUUGACCUCUGCUAUACCGACACUCACCUGGACAUCAAGUUCACCGCCCGCGACGAGGUCAACUUCUACUUUAACUCGUCCCAAGGCACCAAUGCCGACAUCUGGGAGUACGAGGUCAUGGAGGCCUUCAUAUACAAGGGCACGGACAACCCGCAGACUUACUUUGAGUUCGAAGUGAACCCCAACAACGUCACCUACCAAGCCUUUGUGUACAACCCGUCCAAAGUUCGCGCCGAUGGCGCCCCCUUUGACCACUUCUUCGUGUCAGACCCUCCUGCCGACGGGUUUAGCGCUGUGACCAAGCUCGACAAGCCGAAUCAGUUGUGGGUGAGCGAUGUCAAGAUUCCCCUGGGCUUGUUCAAUGUCGACAAAGGCCAGGCAAAGGGUACACAGUGGAGGAUGAACUUCUUCCGAACCGUUGUCAGCCCUCAGACGUAUCCUGAUCAAGAACUUGGCGCGUGGAGUGUCCCCAACAAAGCGAGCUUUCACAUUACUCCCUACUUUGGCAAUGUGAAGUUUGUGUAA